CGCGCAUUCACUUCCGGAAUAUUGCAAUUCUAAUAAUUUUUGCAUAAAAUCAUAAUUUUAUUCAUAUUUAGAGCAGGAAAGCUGCCAAAAUGAAUACUGCAACUGUACCAACACCUGUCCAAGAUGUCCAAGGGGAUAACAGGUGGAUGAGCAUGCACAAUCGGUUUGUGGCACAGGGGAAGCGUCGUGAAGUAGAGGUGUUGUUCAUUGGAGACUCUCUCGUUCAACAAUUACAGUUCUCUCCAGUCUGGGAGAAAAUGUUUGUUCCUCUACACUGUUUAAAUUUUGGGAUCGGGAAAGAUGAAACCCAACACGUUUUAUGGAGGUUACAAAACGGAGAGCUUGAUAGUUUGUCUCCUAAGGUAGUGGUGUUGCUAGUCGGUACAAACAAUCACGAUCACAGUGCAGAUCAGGUAGUUGAAGGAAUAUUGGCAAUAGUUAACACAAUUGAGGAAAAACAACCAGAGGCCCAAACUGUUGUUGUAGGAAUUCCACCUAGAGGUCAAAACCCGAAUAAAUUACGUGAAAAAAUCACCAAAAUCAACCAAUCACUAGCCAGUAAACUAUCCAAUGAGCCACGAGCAGUGUUCGUCAAUGUGGACGCAGGACUUUUUGUAAAUUCUGACGGUGAAAUAAGCCAUAGAGACAUGUAUGAUUAUCUCCAUUUUACUGCGCAAGGAUAUCAAAAAUUAUGCGAACCAAUUUUGGAGGAAGUUCAGAAUUUGCUGAAAACUUUUGUCAAAGUAGAAAGUACGUCGUUUGAUGAGGGUCGUGACCUUAACUAGAAAACCCUGGCUUUUCAGUCUGAAUUCUGAGUAUGAAAAGAAUGGAUUGUAAGCCUGAAAAUUCGAAGUGGGUAUUUAUUCUCCUGUUUUGAUAGUCCAACAAUCAUAUCCAUUAAUAGUCCAACAUAUCCAUUAAUCAAGGAAACUAUCCCAUAAAAAUCCAGGAAAUGUGGUAAGUCUAUUUCCAAGGUUAGAAUACCUUAGUGGUUAUGUUUUGAGAUGAAAAGUAGAGAGGAAACGAGUGAAAUAUACUGAAAUAAAGUAAACAAAUAUGUAAGCAACACUCUUAAGUGUAAAGAAAUGCCAGAAAAUCUAGGUAGUUCUUUCUAAUUUAAGAGAGAAAUUAGCUAAGUAGAUGUGACAAGGCUGAGACAGGACAUCACCAGGAGAACACUUUUCAUGUUAACACUAUUCAAAAACUUAAAUGAACAGAUGAUUGCCAGUUCAAGAAUCUGUUCAUGAACUAUUCUUGAAUAGUUCAGGAGUAGUUCAUGAACUGUUCUUUUCACCUGGGAGCAGAGAUUAGCAAAUGUGUGUAUCCGUUUUGAGUUAAAUAUAGUAAUUAGAUAAUAUCAUAGAUGCACGCAAUAUACCCAGGGAUCACCUUAAAAGUAGGUUCUAUCAUUGUACUUUAAGGACAAUUCUGUGCAAAUAUACGUCCCUUUUAUAAGUUUGUCAUCUGGAAGUCCCUGGCAUCAGUGUUGAGGCCUGUUUGUAUUGCUAUUUAAAAAAAUCACAAAAUUUGUUGUAAGGUUCUGAACUAUUGUAAUAUAAGGAGAAAAAGAUUGAGACGUUAACAGGCAAUCAAAUAAAUACUUCCAGUUCCCAAACUAAUAGUGGGGAGUGUAAUACUGUUUUUUAUUAUUAUAUGUAUACCUCAAUAUAUAAGGGCACAUUACAGUGUAUAUUACAUGGAUAGAUAGUAUGUGGCACAGGUCAUAUUUGAAAUACAGUAUAAUGUAAGUCUAAAAGAGUGGAAUUACCAUGGAAUAGAAUACAAUAGGCAUCUAGUAUAUAUUCUAAAGUGUAUAGAAAUGCAAGCAGUGUUGUAAUUUUAUCAAAGAAGGAGAAAAAUGGAAUGAAUAUGAUUCGAACAUGACUGUAUUCACACCUUAUAUAAACUGUCAACAUUUCACCCGGGGUAU